AUGUCGUCGAAACCAACUGAACACCUGGGAAAAGAAGGCGGCGGCGAGAGCCGGGGCCGCCAGGACCACCGGGAGGACCACCUGGACCGCCUGGACCGCCGGGACCUCCUGGAGGGAAGCCAGGACCACCAGGGCCACCGGGAGGACCACCUGGACCACCUGGGGCGGCUGGAGGGAAGGCCGGGGCCACCAGGACCACCGGGACCACCUGGACCACCCUGGACCACCUGGGCCCGCCUGGAGGGAAGCCAGGGCCACCGGGACCACCGGGACCACCGGGAGGACCACCUGGACCACCUGGGCCGCCUGGAGGGAAGCAGGGGCACCAGGACCACCUGGACCGCCUGGACCGCCUGGACCUCCUGGCAGGGACACCAGGACCACCAGGACCACCGGGACCACCGGGAGGACCGCCAGGACCGCCCGGACCGCCUGGAGGGAAGCCAGGGCCACCAGGGCCACCGGGAGGACCACGUGGGCCACCUGGACCUCCUGGACCGCCUGGAGGGAAGCCAGGGCCACCGGGAGGACCGCCAGGACCGCCAGGACCGCCUGGAGGGAAGCCGGGGCCACCAGGGCCACCAGGGCCACCGGGAGGACCACCUGGACCACCUGGACCGCCGGGAGGACCGCCUGGACCAUCAGGGGGACCGCAUGGAGGGCAGCCGGGAGGGCCGUCGGGUGGACCAUCUGGAGGACCGUCUGGAGGACCGUCUGGCGGACCGUCUGGAGGGCCAUCUGGUGGACCGUCUGGCGGACCGGGGGGUGGACAGUCGGGACAAUCUGGAGGACCGUCUGGAGGGCCAUCUGGUGGACCGUCUGGCGGACCGGGGGGUGGACAGUCGGGACAAUCUGGAGGACCGUCUGGAGGGCCAUCUGGUGGACCCGGAGGAGGACAAUCGGGGCCACCAGGAGGGCAGUCUGGAGGAGGAGUGCCCUGGGCCACUCUUUUGGCUAUAG